AUGGCGUCACUGGCGUUUCGAGGAGAGCUUCUUCUGACACUAGAGGAAGCGUUAGAGUUUAACAAGAAUCUCGAGAAGGCCUGCUUGGAAUUGUACGGAUUUGAUAUAGGCCACGUUCCAUGGAGAGUUUGCGCCAUAGAUCAGUCCAUAAGGACCCAUACUCCAUCGUCGCUCUCCCUAGCAACAGCCUUACGUGAACUGGAUGCAACAGUUGAUCCACAGACGAUAAUAAAUCAGCCACUAAACAGAAGGUCGAGUUACAAAUUAGAUGCGUCGCCAGUAAGGUCUCCGUUACCACCCUCACCGCCUCCAGUUGAAGUAAAGCCGGAGCCUAAGCCGGUGAAGAAGGUAGAAGAAAAAGUAGAAUAUGACCCGGAAAGUGAUUUUUAUAAACUGUUACACCCACCAAUGGAAAAGUUGAGUCCACUUCAAGAAUGGACACAAGCUAUACACAAAAUAAUAGUAGAACUGUGUUAUAUGCCAGAAGUUAAGCCGUUUCUAAGUUAUUUUAAUCCAAAAAAAGAGGCCGAUGAGACAAGUGAAAAUAGAGAUGAACCUGAAAAAAGGAAUGGUAAGACGGAUAAGACGGAUGAUUUUGGGUUCGACGUACUUAGUGAUGAAUUAAACGACAUCCUAAUGGAUAUAGAUGACAUGGAUCCACUUAACAGGAAAGGGGGAACAGAGGAGGGAGAAAAUAAAAAGGAAACCAAUAUUAAAUCGGAACAGAAUGUAGAUGGACACAGCUCAGUUGAGGAAGUUGAUCCAUUAAACGGAGUAACCGGGUUGACUUCAACCAUCACAACAAGUGAUCCAGAAGUAAAUGAUCAAAACACAGAUCAAAUAAACAAAACCAUGAAUGGCACGGCUUCCAACAAAGAAAGUGAUAGUAACUAUAGAACGGAGAUCAGGAAUGAUACCAACAACACUCACAGCAACGAUGGUAUAAACGAAGCCCACACACCAAGGGGGCAGAGUGAAAACGAAGAUGUAAAUGUAGCAGAUGAUACAAAGGUAUCAAGUGAAGAUAAUGGAAAAAAGGGAGAAGAUGAAGUUAAAUCAGGAGAAGAGCCAAUACAAAAGGGGCUGGAAAGUGAUGGAGUUGACGGAGAGAAAACUAAUGAAUCAGAGACACAAGUUAAGUCAGAUGAGCAGGGAGUCCAACAAGGUGAAAAAGCGGAGGAUGGGAAAGAAGAAGCAACAGAGAGUAAGUUGGAGGGAGCUGAGACUACGAAGGCGGCGGGAGCGAGGGGAUUCGAGUACAUAUUGGAAAACUUGCUGGAAAACAAGUUUGAAAACGCGUCGUACGUGUUCAGCCUGUUAUACACAUUUCUGGUGCAACAGUUUAAAGUGGCGAUUCCAGGCAGCAGAGAGUGGAUGUGCGCACAGGACGUGUCGAAUAAACUCGAGGAGCUGCGGUCGGAGAAGAGGCUGAGCGACGCGGAAAAACUGCACAACUUCCAGGAGACGCCAAAGCCAGAAGCGCCGCCGCCGCAGACGACGGGAGAUCUGCCUGCGCACAGAGAGCCCAAGAGGCCGAGGACGUCGAUGGAGGACUUCGAGCACGAGCUGUCGCUGAUCAACAACGUGAACGAGUACUCGCCGACGAUAUCACUGCCAGAAGUGCAAAGCAUAACGGACGAGGAGAGGAUGGAGUUCUACGAAAACGCAAUGCUGCUGCAGCAGGAUUUUCAAAUGGAGCUGUUUACCGUAUUUGAGCACGCCGCUGUGUGGAAAAUCGUUGGAAACGGCGAAAUAGAGCUUGACGAUCAGAACACGGACCCGAAGAUAUACAGGGGCAUGAUCAAGUGGGUUAAGGAAAAGAGGAGUUUGACGCCAGCUGAGUCUAAGGAAACGACUCCACAGCCGCCACAAGUGUCGUCAGAGAUUGUGGUCUGA